AUGUUAAUCGAUGCUACACAAGCGAUUCGCCGGGCUUGGAUUUUGCUCAAGUAUGACUCCGAGACCACCAUCAACAAGUACGUCGAUUGGACACUGGGGCCGACCAUCGAACGUCAAACGACGACAACAGUAACAGAGUGUCGACCUUGUGCAAGAGCCUUGUCGGUCGUUGCCCAUUUGUCAUUCUUCGAUGGUAUCGGCGUAGCAUCCGAGGCGCUGCGGCGCGUCUCCGACAAUGUCCUCAUGACGUUGUCCUGGGAGACAAACCCACAGUGUGCUAAGUUUACACACGAUCGAUUCGGGUCUGUACAAAUGGGAGACGUUGCGAACUUUGACAGGGUUGUGAGCUGCAUCGAGCAACAUGUUGGACAGCGACAAUUCAUCGUUUUGGUCACAGCGGGUCCACCUUGCCCGGACUUCUCACGAAUGAAGACGUCACCGAAGGGAGCUCAAGGAGAUUCCGGAUGGAUGUUCCAACACAUGAUUGAUAUCGACUACAACUUACGCCUCCGAUUUCAAGGACGGCCUUUCGAAACGAUCAUCGAGAACGUGGUGCCGCACCCGUCUCUUCGAGACCAUUUGCUCGACCUGACGAAGCCGCUUUGUACGCAACCGAUUCUAAUCGACGCAGCGGACAGUCGAUUAGCUCACCGCAAGCGUCUGUGGUGGACAUCCAUCGACUGGACGGACGUCGAGGACAAGUUGGCGUGA